UCUCGCGACACGCGCGUGUGUGCCCUCGAGCAACGAGAGUGUUAUUAAAGUGUGAUGCGAUCAUGAUCGUGGAGGAUACAGUGAUCAGCAUCGAGAGAGAACCGAUGACGAUGGAAGCUAUUCUUCUGCGCGAUCAGAGGACUACGUCCCAUAGGAUGUUAAAUCGCGAGGAGCAAAGUGUUGCCAUGAUGACGACGACGACGACGACGACGACGACGACAAUGACGAAGAUGAAAACGACGAAGGAAUUCGCCAAGGAGGGAAACGAUCGACAGAUACCGCAUCUUCUCGAUGAUCCUUCUCGAAUUUGCCGCUCUACUUGUUGCGCUCGCGCUUGCUACCGGAAUUGUUGUCAUUGUUCCUCGUGCGGGAACGACGACGUUUCCGCGCAGAGACACUUCCGACGUGAUUCCGAUGUGUGCCGAGCGCGCGCCUCCUCUUCUUGCGACGACGAUCGGGGGGUACGAUCGAGACGAUGCUUGUUAUCCAUCACCACGACCACGUGGCUCAGGUUAAGCAGUCUUGUAGUCACCUUGCUCGUGGCCUCGGUAAACGGAGCUCCGACAAUGACUGUCAAUGCCAGACGACUGAGUUCACCACCAAAGUGGGUAAAUCCCUGUGGUCUCGCCGCCGAAGACUUCGAUGGUGAUCCCGACGUCGAACAAUUGCGGGACGUGCAACUACUAACGCAGGUCGUGGUACAGGCUAAAACCGCUCUGAUGCACGCACAACUCUUUCGAGACGAUUACAUCAAACGGACUUUUAAAGUUGACUUCGCCGAUUGGCACUUGCAGUGGAAGGACAAUCAUUACGAUUGGUUGCCUAGUAAGAAGGAUAUACCGAAGCAAUUGGGCGAACAAUUGCAGCAACAAUAUUUGGACAGUUUGGAGCUUGAUAGGUCGCUGCUUGAUGCGUACGAGUACAUGCAGAAAUACGCGGUUGGUCUCGAGCAAAUUGUAUGGGACCAAGAGGACAACGGUCUCGAGUUUCGCGAUCAGUUUAAGGAUACCGAAUUCAAGCUCCGAACGGUCCUAUGUGAGCUUCAGGUCGCGUUGAUGGAACGUGCUGUGACCUUACGACCCGACGUAACGAGGAACGCAAUGUCGACGGAGUACCGCUCGAUGUCGUCGUCCGCGACGUAUCGCGAUUUACGCGACUGGCUGAUCUUUCGGGACUACAUGAACGGUCUCGAAUACGUCGUGCAGGUGUUCGAGCAUUUACGUCGGGGCUUAGAAUCCUGAGGACGGCAAGGCGGAAGCCGAAGAAGGGCUACAAGGCGACGACUCGCCCAUUUUAGAAAAACGGAACGACCAGAUCUCGAAACGAUAUCAAUAUCUUCCUGAACUGAAACGCGUCGUUUAAUACAAAACGCACCGUUUUCUUAGGGGAUAUCAACGAGGGACGAAGAAAUUUUUGUAACAGUGGGAGAAUAACAGGAUCGAAAGAUUCGUUAAAAAGGAAGAAUCCGAGAGAGGAUUUAGAUACAGCUUCCGUUUGAAUUCAUUUACAUUUCUCAGAUAAUCGAAUUCGAAAUGGAGUUUACGCGAACGAAUUCGGUCAUGCAACUUUGUUCUUUCGUAUACAGAUUCGAAUUCGAUUUCGAGAUUGAUUUAAGAAUGAAUCUUCGGGACGCUCCCACGAGAAUGAUGUUUCGAAAUAUAGAAAUGGAGAGAAGGAAAGAAAGACGAAGACAAGAGUCGUACGUUAAUAGAGCCCAUCGGUUUUCGCCGCCGUAGUCCGUAAUUAUUAUUAAACGAAACGCGCCGAAAUGAGGAGAGAAAAAGGAUAGACAGAAAGAAAGAAAGAGAGAGAAAGAGAAGAAGAGAAAAGGAGAGGGAAGAAGAAAGAGAUUAUACAAAGGAAAUCGAGCGUGUCGAUUCUUCGCGUCUAUCGCUUCUCUAACGGUGUGUCUACUCUAGAGAUUAUCUAAAAAAAAAAAAGAAAAAGAGAAAAGUAAGUCUUUCGAGCUCGCA